AUGUCAGAUUCAUCAUCUUCAUCAGAAAAAAUGUUGGUCAUUUUGGAUGGUAUCCUUUGGGCACCUUCGGCAGCGGAACGCGACAUCACUAGGCGACACGCAGUAACCCAGCUAGCUGCCAAAGAAGCAUCGGAACGCGACCAUCACUGGGUGACACGCAGUAACCCAGCUAGAUGCUACGAUACCCAAAAGACAUCUGAACUUAUGCAAUGCUUUACAUACUUGCCAGCCGGACGUCGCAAUCUCCUCUCUCUGCACGUUGCUGAAGGUCCUGUUUUAAUACUUUCAGAGCGCGACCAACAUUAUCGUCGAUACAAUAAUUUGCCGCGAUGGCAUCGUAUGUCCAAUUUUUUGUGGGUUGGUCGAAGAGCCUUGACAAGUUAA